CGUUUCUCUUCCAUUCAUCCGUCCCCAUUCAACAUUCAACUCACGGCUCCGGCAACAGAAACGCGUGAAGAGCAAACAGUGUGCGUCCCGGAGAACUCACAUGCAGCGAGGGAUUUAACAGGUGGUUUAAUGGUUUAAGAAAGUGAAUGAGAGCUGGCCUCUUGUUUGUAUCAGGUGUCGGGACUGCACAGAGCAGAAUCUGAAUCCUUCAGCGCGAGCGAGGAGCAGCAGCGAUGCGUGAAGGCUGUUGCCGAGUUUGCAGCAGGGGCUUUUAUAGCUGCCACUGGAGGCACUCGCAUGGAAUGGGGAGUAAACGCGCAUGCUGGUGGUUCUCAUUUGUCGCCGUGGCCUUCCUGCUCUCCCUGUGCUGGAUGUACAUCUGGCUGGUUUCUUUUAACGACCGGGAGGACGUUAACUGGAAGAUGUUCCAACAUCUGAAACGGUGGGUGAACUGGUUCAUGGUGGUGAUCGUCGUUUCUGCAGUGUUAACCAGCUACUGCACUCUGCUGCUGCUCUUUGCACUGUUCCAAGUCGCCUUGGGAGAACAGCUCAACCUGCACUGGCUGCACAAGAUCUUCUUAUUUUUUGGAGCGAUAAUCAUCACUUGCAUGAUCGCAGGAAUUUGUCUCGUGUGGCCUCAAGAAUGGCCGACUAUUCCCCUUUCUCUGCAGGCCACGGCUCCGUUCCUCCACUUUGGAGCUGUUGGAGCUUUGACACUGCUGAGCCUGUUUGUCUUUCAACGCUUUCAUACAGCCAAAAAAGGAUCUAUGUUCCUGAUCGCAAUGUUUCUGGUGGUAUCUGCCGCCAUCCUCCUGUGUCCCCUGUGGAUCCAGUCUCCUUGUCUGAUAAAGAUGGAAGAAUUACCUGAAAAACCAAAACUCAUUGGCCACAGAGGCGCACCGAUGCUGGCCCCAGAGAACACCAUGAUGUCUUUCAACAGGAGCGUCGAAUGCGGCGUGACAGUCUUCGAGACAGAUGUGCAGCUCAGUAAAAACAGAGUUCCCUUCUUGAUGCAUGACAAUGGAUCUGAGUUCCUGCUGCGAACAACAAAUGUCCAAGAAAGGUUCCCCAAUAAAACCUUCAACAACAGCACUGAAAUAACGUUCAAGGAAUUACGGAGUCUGAAUGCGGGCGAAUGGUUCUUAAAGACAGAUCCUUUCCACUCCGUGUCCCAGCUGUCAGACGAUGAGAGGAAAACAGCCAGGAGUCAGACUAUACCCUCUUUGCAUGAUCUCCUUGAUCUCGCCAAACAGCACAACAUCUCUGUGCUAUUUGACCUAUAUAGCCCCAACCAGAAAAAUGACGCAAGGGACACAGAAGACAUAGUCAAAACCAUCUCAGAAUCUGGAAUUAAUCAAAACCUGGUUUUGUGGCUUCCUCCGGCAACAAGAAACAUGACGCCUCCAGGCUUCAUUCAGAUCUAUAACAACGAAAAAGCUAUGCGCGAAGAAAAUGGAAGCCACCUCAAUGUAAAAUACAGUGCUCUUAGUAUGGGUAAAAUCAGGAAUCUUACGAAGGAGAACUACACAGUGAACCUGUACGUGGUCAACGAGCGCUGGCUGUUCUCUCUGCUGUGGUGUGCAGGGGCCAGCUCCGUUACUACCAACGCCUGCCACCUCCUAAAAGAUGUAGACGAGCCCGACUGGGUCUUGGACCCUUUUAUAUACAAAAUCAUCUGGAUUUCAGUGGAUAUCGUGUCUGUGGUGAUAAUGAUGGGACUGUACAUCUUUGAGCGGAAAACACACUGUUUCUGCCACAGAGAAGAGCCGAACAGAGACAGUACUCCAAUCUGCAACGGAAAAGAGAUGGAUCCUCAUUCCUCUUCACCCCUGUUACCUCCUUUUCUGCGCUACCAGAGUGGUGUGGACCAGAGUCAGCGUGAGAGCAGAUUAGCGUGAACUGCCAUACACUGUAUUCUGAAGCCACGCAAAUUAGAAGUUGUCUUUUUUUACAUCAUGCUUACAUUAUAAGAUGCCAGUCUACAUGGAUUUAUACAGUAUUUCAGGGUUUUUAUAUUUGCUGACUAAAUGCUGGUUUUGACACUCUGAUUGUAUAAUGUGCACUGUAGAUCUGUUUUGCUUUUUUUUGUUGUUGUUUUUGUUUGUUUUUUUAGUUUAACCACUGUUAAAGGCAUGACUGUAACCUGAGCCAAAAGCACAACUUUACUUUGUAUUAAGGCAUUAUUUUUACUACUUUGUAUGUAACCCUCUUUUGCACUGUGUAUUAUACGGGGGGAACUUGAAUUUUGAUUGAUUUUUAUUAGGCCUAGGACUGCUAUUAUUUACAUAAACGAAAAAAAAAAUCUUUCAUUUACAAUAAAUAAAUGUUCAUAUAAUUUUAAAAACUGUGAAAUUAGGAAAGUUGUAGUAGUGGGACAUACACAUGGCCCCUAUUUUGUUUAUGGGAUGAACCAUACUUCACAAUACGUGCUGUAAAGAGCUAUUUGUUCUUCCAAAAAUUGGAAACGUAGACACUCGCCAGAGGAUGUGUAUCUGUGUGUUUGCUCUGGACUUUUAAAACUAGUCAAGCUCCAUGUCGUCUUCAAGAGAGGGUCGAGGCUUUUAAUCCUGAUUGGCAGCUAAAUAAAAUAAAAUAAUAAUCCCAUUUAGUUACAGUGUAUAGGAAAUAUAUGAAAUACGUUUGUAUUAUUUUACAUAACAAAUCAAAAAAGCAGUAUUUACCCAUCAUGUGACACUAAAUAACGCAUAACAGCAAAGUGAAAACAUGUUUUUGAUAUUGUUGUUUGCAAAAUAAAGGUCUUUAUGUCUAUAAAAAUAA